CAUUACAAUUACGAGAAGCUACUACAUUUUGCUUUCGCCUUUCAGACAACUUUCAGAUUUAAAUUUUUUGAAUUGAAAAAGAACAUUGCUGAUCAAGCAUUUAAUUUUUUUAGCUUUCAAUAAUUGAAAAACAUUUCUUUAGAAUGUCUGAAAAGCAUUUACAAACCGGCGAUGCCUUACCACCGUAUCCCGGUAAACUGCGACUAUUUGCUAUGCGGUUUUGUCCCUAUGCUGAAAGAUCUGUGCUUGUCCUGAAUGCUAAAAAACUACAAUACGAGGUAGUAUUCAUCAACUUGGAUCAUAAACCAGAAUGGAUCUUCAAAUACAGCCCUAAAGGUACUGUACCAGCAUUAGAAUAUGAAGAAGGAAAAGCCAUAUUUGAUAGCAACAUUAUAAACGUGUAUUUAGAUGAGAAGUAUACGGAUGUUUCACUUCAGUCACCUGACCCCCUCCGCAGGGCUCAAGACAAAAUGCUUGUGGAAAACUUUGCUUCUGCUCAAUCAGCUUAUUAUACAGCAGCGUUCAAUGCUCAAGCCCUUCAGCCUAACAUGGUCGAGAACUACCACAAAGGCCUGGAGCUGCUGCAGAAAGAGAUUGAACUCCGCGGAACCAAGUUCCUGCACGGGAACGAGCCAGGGCUGGUCGACUACACUCUGUGGCCUUUCUUGGAGCGGUUCGAGGCACUGCCUAUUCUUGGAAAAUCUGAAUUUGCCAUUGACAACGCGAAAUAUCCAGCUCUGGUUACCUACAUGAACGCGAUGAAGAGCGCCCCGGCCGUGCAAGCCUACCGCCUGGCGCCCGAGACCCACGCGAAGUUUACGGAGUCCCGCGCCAAAGGGGACCCCGAUUACAACAUGCUCGAUUCCAGCGACACCGUCUGCUGCAUGCGCCCCAGAAAGAAGAAGGAGUGAACUGUGUUUUUUUUUUUCUCAAUUUGAUCGAAGAUAUUAUUAAAAACGUUAAUAAAUAAAAGUACAAUAAUU